AUGAUCUGUCGACAGUGCCGCUCGUCUCUUUUCUCCCGUCUCCCUUCAUCCAGAGCUGCGUCGCCUGCACACUCAACCCUCCUAUCGCGGCAGCACCUACUAUCCCAACCUCGAUUCUACAGCUCUGCAGCACCAGCCGAAACCGCCUCUCCCGCCCCUUCUAAACCCCCUUCAAAGACUCCAAAGGUCGUCAGCAGUGUCCCGGCAGGCACAAAACUAGCUGGAUUGAACUAUGAGAAAAACAAACAAGAUCCAAUUGCGCUGGAAGACCACGAGUACCCAGACUGGCUGUGGACGCUGCUAGACAAAUCAGCCAAAAAGUCCGAGGCCGGAGCGGGCUCAGUCGACGUUUCGACAAUGAACAAGAAAGCACGCAGGAAGCACGAGAAAAAGAUGGCUGCUUUGGCUGCUUUGAAGCCGCGGGAGAUUCCUCUGCAUGAGCAGGCUACUGAUAUUACGCCCGCUGGUUACAAUGCUCCUGGUGAAGCGCCGGUCAACAGUAUCGAAACUGCUACCGCUGGCUUAGCUGCCCGAGGCGAAAUUACGAAGAGUUCUCGUGAUGCUAGGAGGAAGGCUAUCAAGGAAUCUAACUUCUUGCGUGGAUUGUAA